UCUUGUGAACUUUUGCACUAAAUUCUGUUAAAUACAUUUCUGACUAAUGAAAAAGUAUUGCCCACUAGUCAGUCCGGAUGUAUAGACAACUGAAAUGUCUACAAUUUAAUGUACACAAUGGUGCGUUUCAAUAUGAAUUGCGCCUGCUAGUCACCGCCCGGUGGAGACGUUCUGAACAGUACAUACAGGCCACUACGGAAGUUCGUGUAGUCCAAAAUCUACCAAUAAAAAUUUCAACACAACAGAGAACCUACUUAGUUUAUUGGCUUCCCCCCUACUCUGGAGAGGUAACUGCUGAUUCCGUAUGACUCAUUGGCACUAUUGAAAGAAGAAAAGACACAUUUUAUUAUAGUGUGAUUGGCAACUUUGUCCUUGCUAGCAGCAGCAGCAGCAGGAGCCGAAGAGGCUUUUAAGAUGUCAACCUUCAGCUGGACUGUGGUGGUCCUCACCUGCCAGCACAAGGACAGCGUCUACGCGUUCCACAGAGAGUUGGAGUUGCGUCAGCGUGGUGGUUGCUUGAGCGCGACGACGAUGCUGCUGACGGUGCAGGACCGCCGGGAACCGUUGGGCAGCGGAGGGGCCACGCUCAACGCGCUACUUGUGGCGGCGGAACACCUGAGCAGCCGGGCGGGACACACGGUGGUGACGGCCGACGUUUUGGACGACGCUCACGUCCUCAUCCUCCACACGGGUCGCGACUUCCCGUGGAGUUCGUGCAGCCGAGCGUUCUCGUGGCUGCCCGUGGAGGAUCCCGCCCUCGUGGUUCAGGCUCCCGUCUGCUGCCUGGACGUGCUGCUCCGCCUCCUCACCCAACAGGUCUGUCCUGGUUCUCCUCCCGGCGUUUGGGUGUGCAGCACCGACAUGACGUUCAGCAUCCCUGCCAACUUCGUGUUGUCUUGGGACAGCUUCUCAGGUGUUUGUGCUCUGGCGCUCCCCGGUGACCCGUCGUACGCCGUCAAUCAUGGCGUCUACUUGAGUGACGAUAAGGGUUACGUCAGCGACAUCAUCUACAAGGGAAGCCCAGAGCGCAUCCAGCUAGCGCUGAUGCAUGAUGGGAAAGUGCCUCUGGUAUCUGGUCCGGUGUUCUUCAGCCGGCCGGUGGCCGAGAAACUCCUGCAGGUGCACGUGACGCCUCCUCUGGACGGCUGCACCUAUCUGGGCCUGGACUCUGGAGCUCCACCCCUCCAGCUGUCUCUGUUUCUGGACGUGCUCAAGUGUUUGUGCUCGGAUCAGACGGAGGAUGAGUUUGUUGGGCGUGAUCCCGUGUCUGGGCUUCAGGGGGCGAUGUUGCAACGCGGCAGGAAGGAGCUGUGGCGGAUUUUGAGAGGAACCGCGCUCAGCCUGGUGUACGUCCCGGGCGGUCACUAUGACUACAUGACUCUGUCCGGGAAGCAGCAUGUCCUCCGUCUGACCCGUCACCCCACUCCGGGACACGCCCUCUCCCACAUCCAGGUGGCCAGCGGUGUCAGCGAAGGAGGGCGUGUCAUCAACAGUGUUCUGGAAAGCCGGGUUACCGUGGCGACAGGGGCCGUGGUCCAACACUGCCACCUGCAGGGGCCCCUGCACGUCCCCUCAGGUUGUUUACUGUCAGGCCUAGAGGCGUCCACAUCCCCCGACGUGGUACGGCUGGCACUGGAUGAUGACGUCAUCAUCCAGGGACAUCGAAUCAAGAUGGGAGAACUGAAUCUGACGCUUUACACCGUGAUGGGAGCGCUGGACGACCUGGAGCUGUGCUGUGACGCCGAAGGCGCGUCUUUUGUCAACGUGCCCUGGCGCGUCUUCUUCGGCAGGACCGACAUACAGCCGGAGGACCUGUGGGCGGUGGGAGAACGGCGCUCCCUGCUGGAGGCGCGUCUCUUCCCGGCCCUGCACCCCAAAAGGGGCGCCUUGGGCCUCGCGGGGGGCGCGGCCUGGCUGCUGGGCGGAGCCGGUUCCGUGCGACUUUGGCGGGAGGCCUGGCGCCUUUCCCUGAAGGAAGUCCUGUCGCUCACGCACCAGGAGGCGGAGCUCCACUGGAGGGAGUCUUUGCUGUACCUGGUGGGCAGAAAGCGGGCCAGAGACGUCCUGAUGCGGCAAAGCGACAUGUGCCUGCUGCCCAGCUUCAGGGCAGCCGUGGCGGGCGGGCAGCAGGCAGCGCUCCUCGACACGCUGGAUACCAUCGCAGCAGGAAACGGAGCGGAGCCGGGGGAGGAGCCUGGUAACAAGGAGUCACUUGAUGAUGGCGGCGAUGUCCACGUCAGCGAGGGGGCGGAGUCAGGAGCUCAGCUGGGCGUGUCCGCUCGCUGCCUGUCGUGCAUCGCAGACGUGCUGACGUGCUGGGCCGAGGCGGAGGGUGGCGGAGGGCUGAGGAGCGGGCCGGCCGCCAACGAGAACUGGAGCGCUGCGUACUUCCUGUUGGAGAAGGGAGAUCUGAAGGGCGGAGUCCAGGCCCUGGCGGCGCAGCGAGUUCAUUGGCUCAGCAGGCCCAACUUGCUGGUGCGGGCGGCGCGGCACUACGAAGGCGCCGCUCAGGUGCUGCUACGACGGGCUGUGAUGUCAUCGCAGAAGUUUGUGACCGUCGGCCAAGGGGAACUCCCGCCUCAUGGGCAGUGGCAUGAAGUAGAGUGUCCUGCCAGAAUUGACCUCGCAGGCGGCUGGAGCGACACGCCACCGUUGACCUUUGAGCGCGGCGGCUGCGUGACCAACGUGGCGGUGAAGAUUGACGGCCGGCGACCUAUAGGAGCCCGAGCGCGCCGCAUCCCACGUCCCCUCCUGCUAUUGGUCUGCCACAGCGGAGGGCGGGACUCCGACAUCGCCACGGAGAUGGUGUGUGAGACCCUGGACCACCUCAAGGACUACUGUCAGCCCAACGCACCCGGCGCUCUGCUGAAGGCGGUGUGCGUGUGCGCCGGUGUGGCGUCGCCAUCCUCCCAAGAGCCUUUGGGGCGUCAGCUGACAGCUCGCUGGGGCGGCGGUCUGGAGCUUCACGGCUGGUCGGCACUGCCCACCGGCUCGGGACUUGGUACCAGCAGCAUCCUGGCGGGGGCGCUGUUGGCGGCGGUCUACAACGCCACGGGGCGAUCCUACAGCAGGGAUGCGCUCGUCCACGCCGUACUGCACCUGGAACAAGUCCUCACUACGGGUGGGGGCUGGCAGGACCAGGUGGGAGGCCUGGAGGGCGGCAUUAAGGUGGGCCGCUCUCAAGCGCGUCUGCCGCUGCGGGUGCAUGUGGAACGCCUGCGACCGCCCGCCACCUUUAUGGAGGCUCUGGAGCGCCGCCUCCUGCUGGUCUACACCGGCAAGACCAGACUGGCUCGCAACCUGCUUCAGGACGUAGUGCGCAGCUGGUACGCUCGUCUUCCCGCGAUGGUGGACAACGCUCACGAGCUGGUGUCCAACGGCGAGGACUGUGCCCGAGCUUGUCUUGAUGGUUGUUUGUCGUCGUUGGGCGCUUGUCUGGAUCGUUCGUGGCAACACAAGAAGCGGAUGGCGCCGGGCUGCGAGCCGGCGUCGGUGCGCUUGAUGAUGGAGGCGCUCAGCCCGCUGGUCCUGGGCCAGAGCUUGGCGGGCGCCGGGGGCGGCGGCUUCCUCUGCCUGCUCACCCGCCAGCUCGACCAGAAGGACGACGUCGCAGACGUCCUCGCAAAUACGCCGGGUCUGGGGGACUUCAGCGUCCACACUGUGCAGCUGGACUUGGACGGCCUCACCGUGCUCCAGCCAGUAUAAACACUCCUGUGCACGCCUCGGAUAGUAAAGCGACUACGGAGAGUUGGUCCCGGAUGCGGGCCAGUCCGUCCAACAUGGUGUCCAGACUCUCCCUGCUCAGCUCCACAGCCGCCACAGAAGCGGAAUCCUCGCCUCCGAUAUCCUCCGUCUGUCAAUCGCAAGCACACGCGGCGUCAUAGGCGCGUGCGUUUAUGCGCAGUGCAGGCGUGUAGGAACAAACCUUGAAGUGGACCAGACACGUGGGGACGCACAUCCGACUGAGUGAGUCGGAGCUGCUCACCAAGUCCACUCGCCAAUCCACGGCCUUCAGCUGGGGCAGUGAGGCUACGCGCAUGCACCCGCACACAAAGGAACAGCCAUUAUUUUGCAGCGUUCCAGUUUGUAAACAUGUAAAGUAAAAAGUAGUGUAUCCACUUUUGUUGAACAAUUUGGAUUUUUUUACACCCUUUUUAAGUGAAUAAAAGAUUCUGUACCAUU